UCCCAACAAGAGCAGGAAAUGGGCUCAGUGUAGCGUAUCAGGAUAAGCUUCCAGCAGACGAGCUGGGAGCCGAGCUGGAGCGCUCAUUAGCAGUUCUACUUCGGAGCUUCAAACAUGCACAACAGCACAUUUCAGCGAUGCCAAGUUCCUAAAAGGCAGCCACAUCAAGAGGGUUGAAAACAACGUUUCAGAACGCUGUGGUUCAGACCCCAGAGGGAAAUGGCUGACCUGGUGCAGGGACUACUCAUCUGUCUGAUGGCGGUGCACACCACCCAGCAAGACGGGAAAAGAACAAGGAACCAAACGGGAACUGAACCAGGAUUUCAACCAAAAACCUUCAAAGGGUCAAUACGCACAUCGAAUCACACAAAGCAUCCGAACAGCACGGAUCUCUGGAUCUAUGUGGAGUCAGACAGUCAAUUCACUGCCUAUACAUCAGGGGUUCUCAGCACCUGGGUCAUACCCUCAUCGUACAUCCUCGCAAUGCUCGUGGGCAUCCCCUCUAACGCCUACAUUCUGGCCUUUCUCAAAGUCAAACUUCGAACCAAGUCCUGGUCUACGGUGGUUCUGUAUCUGAACUUGGCUUUCUGUGACUUACUGCUCCUGCUUUCUCUUGCACUCCGGAUUCAUUAUCACUUCAGUGGAAACAACUGGAUAUUUGGGGAGGUUUCCUGCCGGUUCGUCACAGCUCUCUUCUAUGGAAAUGUUUACUGCUCUGCUCAGACGAUAGCGUGCCUUAGUUUGAAGCGAUACCUGGCCGUGGUCAAACCGUUUUUGUACAGAAGAAUCUGUAAAAGCUCCAUGGCGAUAUUGACCUGCUUGGCUGUGUGGUUUCUGUUCGGAGCUGCGAUUGUGCCCGAGCUCCUGAUCAGACAGAGCUACGUGGUGGCCAGGAUGGGGAUCACCACUUGUCAUGACAUACUUCCACUAGAAGAAGAAUCCCAUUCCUCCUUAAUUGCAUACAGGCUGAUGCUGAUUUGUCUGGGCUUCCUCCUGCCCUUCAUGGUUUGUGUCUAUUCCCACAUGGCCGUGGUGUACCACCUAGGACAAAGUUCAUGCGACUGGAAACCGUUCAUAAGGGUCAGCACUCUGGUCUUUUUCAUCUUUGUGAUGUGCUUCUCUCCCAGUGGCAUCCUGCACAUGGCACACUACAUCCGCCUGCUUUCGGGGGAGGACGACCGACUGUACGGAUACUACAAACUGGCUGUGUGCCUCUGCUGCUUUCACAGCUGUCUGGAUCCUUUCCUAUGCAUGCUCUUUUCCAAGACGGCAGGAGCAGAGUUACAGUUCAUCUCGUUUCGAGGGAUACCCAAGAGCCGAGCAGUCAAGACAUGAACCUGAGUGUUAAGCCCAAAUGGAUCACUUCCUGUGAACUGGUGGAAGACCACUGAGAGACAAGAGCCUUUGCACUGAGCAGCUAAGACGGCAGUUUAUACUGCAAUCAAAAUAAAAAUCCUAUGGUGUUUGAAAAAAAAAAAGCGGAAAAGACGGCAAAUAAGAACUUUAAUGGUUUAUAUUUAACCACAAGUGAAACCACUGACUGAAUAAUAGAGCGUUUAAAAUGGCACACUCAUGCACAUGUGUAGUACUGUAAGGAUGUCUACUGUCAACCACUGAAAGUUUCUCUCUUUUUGAAAACCUGUUUCUUUAAAAAUGUCCUUAAGCAAUGCAUAUUAUUAUUUAGAAUGCAAUAUAUGAACGUUAUAUGAAUGUUCAACAGUAAUAAAACAUGUGAGAAGAACAAUGCAAAGAACAACUGGAUAAUCAGUCAAAUGAGAGAAAACAUUUAUGGGAAAAAUAAAAAAGAAAUGAUGAGGCAACACAAAUACCACCUCACCUGGCAGAGAAGUUGUUUAGUAUUUUGGAGGAUAUCGUGGUAGUGUUUGGCUGUCUCUGGGUUCACGCCUGACAGCUUUGCAGUUGGUAGAAGGAGGGCUGCAAGAGUCUGUUGAUGAUCACCUGAGCUGAGCGCCUCAUUGAUCUCAGCUAUAGCUAUGAUGCCUAGAAAGGAAAAAUAAGGGCACAAUGAACAAACACACAAACACACAAAACAUCAGCAAGAAAUCUGAAAGACUUCCUUACGCUCGUGCUCUUCUUGGACCUGAAUGUUGACCGUGUCAAUGCACUUCUGAAUAUCAUUCCACGACAGAAACUCUUGGUCCUUGGCAAGAGCGUCAGCGCGCUCUCUGAUAAGCAUGUCAGCAUACCUGAAGAACAGAGUAAUGAAGCAAUGUAUGUAUGUAAACAAAAAUAAUAUAUUAACCUAUAAAUUGGUGAAAUAAAAAUCCUGGUAAUAA